CCCCAUCACCACCACGCUCAACCCCCUCCCUCCCUGCCACCACUGUCCGCGAUCGCCCGGCAGCAGGGAAGGAAGAAAGGAGCGCAGGAGGCGGAGGCAUGGAUCCACAGCCCCCUCCACCUGCCCAGGGCAGCCCACCUCACCGUGACCGUGGCCGAGGCCGAGGCCGUGGCCGUGGCCGUGGCCGAGGCCGUGGUCGUGGAAGAGGGGGUGCAGGAGCCCCUAGGGCACCUCUGCCCUGCCCCACCUGUGGUCGCCUCUUCCGCUUCCCUUACUACCUGUCUCGACACCGGCUGAGCCACUCGGGCCUCCGGCCCCAUGCCUGCCCCCUAUGUCCCAAAGCUUUCCGCAGGCCUGCCCACCUUUCCCGCCACCUUCGUGGCCACGGGCCUCAGCCUCCUCUGCGCUGCGCUGCCUGCCCACGCACCUUCCCGGAGCCGGCCCAGCUCAGGCGCCACCUGGCCCAGGAGCACGCAGGUGGUGAGAUGGACCUGACAACGCAGAGGGCAGUGAAGGAGGAGCCCGAGGCCAGUUGGGGUCCGCAGGACGAGGGCGUGGAGCAGCCCGCCACGGUAGUGGUGGCCGGGGUUGCAGAGGAGGCGACCGCACAGUGGCCCGCGGGGGACCCGGCUUCCGUGGCUGCCCCCACGAGUACCGAUCCUCGGGAAUCGGAAGCUGAGGAGGCCGAGGCCGGGGCUGCGGAGCUAAGGGCAGAGUUGGCACUGGCUGCGGGGCGACAGGAGGAGAAACAGGUCCUCCUCCAGGCCGACUGGACGCUGCUGUGUCUCCGCUGUCGCGAAGCCUUCGCCACCAAGGGGGAGCUCAAAGCCCACCCGUGUCUGCGCCCUGAGGGCGAACAGGAAGGCGAAGGAGGACCCCCGCCCCGCCCCAAGCGACACCAGUGUUCCAUCUGUCUCAAGGCUUUCGCCAGGCCCUGGUCCCUGUCCCGUCACCGGCUAGUCCACUCCACCGAUCGGCCUUUUGUGUGUCCAGACUGCGGCCUGGCCUUCCGCCUGGCCUCCUACCUCCGCCAGCACCGCCGCGUCCAUGGCCCUCUCAGCCUGCUGGCCCCACUACCCGGGGCCAGCAAGAAGGACGACAAGGCCUCAGGUGGACGGAACUCAGGGAAAGGGCCAGAGGGGGUUGAAGGGGCAGAAUGUGGAGGUGCAUCAGAAGGGGGCGAAGGCGGGCAGAAUGGGGGAGAUGCCACCCCAGCCCGGCCUCCGGCGGGGGAGCCACGUUUCUGGUGUCCUGAGUGUGGCAAAGGUUUCCGACGCCGGGCACACCUACGCCAGCACGGGGUCACCCACUCUGGGGCACGCCCUUUUCAGUGCGUGCGUUGCCAGCGGGAGUUCAAGCGACUGGCAGACCUGGCCCGUCACGCUCAAGUCCAUGCCGGGGGUCCCGCCCCGCAUCCGUGCCCGCGAUGCCCACGCCGUUUCUCCCGCGCCUACAGCCUCCUACGCCACCAACGCUGCCACCGCGCAGAGCUGGAACGGGCAGAGCUGGAGAGGGCUGCAGCGCUGCAGGCACUCCAGACCCAGGCCAUACAGUCGCCUCAGCCUCCACAGCCGUUUAAGCAGGAGGCAGAAGGGCUCCCUCUGCCCAUCGCCCACAUCAAGGAAGAGCCUCCCUCACCUGGCACCCCACCUCAGUCCCCGCCGGCUCCUCCCGUCUUUCUCAGCGCCUCCUGUUUUGACAGCCAAGACCAUUCAGCCUUCGAGAUGGAGGAUGAGGAGGUGGACAGCAAGGCCCACCUAUGUGGAUUGGGAGACCUGGCCUCCUGACCCACACAUCCACCUUCCACCCUCCGAAUUGAGCUCCCGGUUUGCAGUAAGGAAGAGGGAAACUGAAGGAGAGGAGCUUCCUCUGCCUCCCCUGAGCCCUGGGUCAUUCACCUUCUCCUUUACCCACCCCUAGACCCCUGAUGCUGGUUAGGAACCUCUCACCCCGACACAUGUCUUAAGUAAGGCAGGACAAGGCAGAGGACAUUUGGCCAGAAGGAUAAAGACUGCUGGGUUUGUCCCAGCCUGCCAAUCCCUAUUAUACACACUGGACACCAUCACCUCUUUGGAACUGCCAGACCCUGGGGUUUCCCAGUGCAAAAGGUCUGCCCCUGUUGCUCUGUCUCUGUGAAUAAAUGUGAGUUCGUGCAA